AUGGAUAUGCCACCAGUCAUCACCAUCUACAACCUCCCACCUAGCCCGGCCAGGUGGGACCGGGUCGGAAUAUUCUACAUUAUCUUUUGUGUCGCUUGGACCCUCCUGGUUCUGUCUGGUAUGACUUUCUGCUGGGCGAAUCGCAACAACCCACUACUCAGACUCCGCGGGCUCGUUCUGUCAUUCUCCGCGAUUGUUCUCCUUCACCUCUACUGGAUCCUCGGCCAGAUCGUGUACCCAGUCGGACCCACCAUACCUAUCGUUCUGGCAUACGACAUACAAUACUUCUUUAUGGGAAUCUGGUUUCCUCUCGGCAUAGCUCUUUUCCACGCAUCCAACAGUCGUCUUCUUCAUGUAGCUAAGCUGCAGAAGAAGUAUAGCAGUGCUGGUCUGAGAGAUCAGUUUAAUACAGCACAGCCUUGCAGUUCUUGGUUAUUUCGGUUUAAAUGCUUGGAAUAUACCAAGAAGGUGUUGAUCCUUACAGGGAUCGGUAUGGUCAUUCAGGUUAUGUUAACAGUUGGCAUGUGGCUAGCAUGUCGAAAAUACCAUCCCACCUAUGGUAUUCCGGGCACCGAGAUCAAGAGCCAGACCCUCCCUGAGCAAAUAGUUGAGUUAGGCCGGGGCUGGGAGUGGUGGCCCUCUGUACUCUGGCAAGUAGUUUGGACAUGGAUGGUCGCACCCUUUCUGAUUUGGAGGUCAUGGAAUAUACACGAUACUAUGGGAUGGCGAGUACAAACGAUCGGCUGCUGCCUCUCCAGUCUACACGCAACACCCAUGUUCUUGAUUGCAAGUUAUGUACCUGCUUUCGCGCCCGUCAACUUCUACUUCCCUCCAAGUUCAUGGAUUCACGUCUCAAUCUUUCUUCUCGAGAUAUUUGCUGUUUUCGUCCCAGCUUUCCAAGUCAUUAAGCAACGUAUACUCGUCAAGCGUGUCGAGAAUCUGAACAUGGACUGGUAUUCCACGUCUUCAACGUCCACUCUUCGGGAACUCAAUGAUCUACGAAGAGGUUCUUCAGUAGCUACGCGUCUCGGCGACAAAGGAGGAUAUGAAUCUUCAGAUCAAGAGUUGAAAGACACCCUUCUGACCAUCAGCGCUUUCAACUACACCCUCAACAGCAAUCCUGGACCUCUACAAGACUUCUCAGCUCUGAACGACUUCUCGGGAGAGAAUAUUUCUUUCUUGACUGAGGUCACCAGGUGGAAGAUCUCGUGGCGCGCAGAACCAGACGAGGCAGAUGUUCGUGAUGCGUAUAAUGCUGGACUGGAUAUUUACGCCAACUUUAUCAGUCCUCGCGAUGCUGAGUUUCCACUGAAUCUUGGAUCGGCAGAUCUCAAGUACAUGGAGAAAAUGUUCGAAAAAGCUGCACGAGAGACAUUUGGACAGGCGGACGUGCAUCCAGCUAUACCAUUUGAAACAACCACGUCCCUUGAGUCAGCACCUGCUUCAGCCAGGGAGAAGCCUACCUAUACUGGCAUUGUCCCUGCCGAGUUCGGGCCGGCUAUUUUCGAUUCCAUCGAGCAUCAUAUCAAGCAUCUCGUUUUGACAAAUACCUGGCCAAAAUUUGUCAAGGAAAUGCAGUCACGGAGGCGUUCUGUGGAAACAACACGAAGUGGUUAUUCGGGUUCGUCUGAGACGUCCAUUGUCAGUCAACUUUCGGGCAAAAUGUCGAAACUCUUUUAUCAUAUUGGUUGA